UGUCCCCAGAAAUCAAUGUUGGCAAGCGUUAGUACAUUUUGGGAUGUCGAAUGGCGUACUAGUGUUACUUAUUAUUACCGUGUGAUCUUUUUUAAAACAAACAAUGCCGCGAUCUAAAAAAGUUGUAAGUUAAUUUUAGUAUCAGUGAAAACUUAGAAUAUAAAGCUAUUCUGUUUUUAAGGAAUUAGUUGCUUUACAGACUUUCUGCUUGCUUGUGAACGAAAAAAAAUAUUGUCAUUUUUCGUAGACUCUUUUUUAUUGGCACGAAAUAACAUAAGAUUUACAAUACUGUUACUGUUUGUUCUUGCUAGUCCAAAAAGAUGACUGAUGAGGAAAAUAUGUCAGAUAGUGAUUUUGGGGAAGAUGAAGAUCCUGAUAAGAUUGAAGUUCCAGGAGGAGGAAAAGAUUUGGCUUCAGCAGCUACCAUGUUGGACUCUAGAGAAAAACAGCUAAAACAAGAUAUUUUUAAAGAAGAGUUCAAACCCGAUCUGAUGAAAAUGGGUCAAAUGCCAACGAAUGCCUUCCCAAAAAUGCCUCAGAAUGUACACCCUAGCACAUUUGAUAUGAUGAGAACACCAGCGAUGGGUUCCCCAUACGGGAUGAGCAGCGUAGCCGCCAUGGCGAGUAUGCUCAACAGUUUGGGGAACCCGAUGAACGUCGGCUCGUUAUUUCCGCCGCAAGCUUCUGGCACAGGAGCAGCGCCGGGCUUCAACGCUGCACAAUUUCUGCAGCAGAUGGAGAUGCUAAACCCUUAUUUUAAUCCCGGAUAUUUCUCAAUGUUUUAUCCGGGUGGCAAUAUCCCUCCAUGGGGUGGUCCGCUCAGCAACAAGGCUGUUCAAUCCAUGUGGAUGAAUCAGAUGGACAGUAAACCUAUGCCUCAACAAGAAGAAGAAGAGGUAGAUGACGAAGAAUUGGGAGUAGCGGAAACGUACGCCGACUAUAUGCCUUCAAAAUUGAAGUUAGGCAGGAAACAUCCGGAUCCGGUUGUAGAGACAGCUUCCUUAUCAAGUGUAGCUCCAGCUGAUGUAUGGUACGAAUUAUCAAUACCGGAAGAAACGAUAAAUAGAGGACAUUUGUCUGCUUUGCAGUUAGAAAGUAUAACGUACGCCUCGCAAGCACAUUCUCAUAUUCUACCAAAUAAAUCUCGAGCUGGGUUUUUGAUAGGUGACGGAGCUGGAGUAGGAAAAGGACGUACGAUUGCGGGUAUUAUCUACGAAAAUUAUUUGAAAGGUCGUAAGAAAGCUAUUUGGGUAUCAGUAUCUAAUGACUUGAAAUACGACGCUGAAAGGGAUUUAAGGGACAUCGGAGCUGGAAAGAUAGAUGUUCAUCCUUUGAACAAACUCAAAUAUGCCAAAAUUAAUUCUAGUACUAACGGCAAUGUGAAAAAAGGUGUAGUUUUCAGCACUUAUUCGGCCUUGAUUGGCGAAAGUAAUUCGGCCGGUGGAAAAUACAAAUCGAGAUUAAAACAAUUGUUGCAAUGGUGCGGUUCGGAUUUCGACGGACUUAUUAUUUUUGACGAAUGUCACAGGGCAAAGAAUUUGUGUCCUGUGGGAUCCUCAAAACCCACUAAAACUGGAUUGACUGUACUUGAAUUACAAAACAAACUUCCAUUAGCAAGAGUUAUUUAUGCUUCGGCUACUGGAGCUUCCGAACCUCGAAAUAUGGCCUAUAUGGUGAGAUUGGGACUAUGGGGCGAAGGAACGCCUUUCAAAGAAUUCGCAGAUUUUAUAUCGGCCGUGGAAAAGAGAGGCGUUGGAGCUAUGGAAAUUGUGGCUAUGGAUAUGAAAUUAAGAGGAAUGUAUAUAGCGAGACAGUUGAGUUUUCAUGGUGUAGCAUUCAAAAUUGAAGAAGUUCCGUUAUCAAAAGAUUUCGAAAAAGUUUAUGACGCGAGUGUAAAAUUAUGGGUCGAAGCAAUGCAAAAAUUUCACGAAGCAGCGGAAUUGGUUGAUGCAGAAAACCGUAUGCGUAAGACGAUGUGGGGACAAUUUUGGUCUUCGCAUCAAAGAUUUUUCAAAUAUCUUUGUAUAGCAGCUAAGGUACCACACGCGGUUGCAGUUGCUCAUGAAGCUAUAAAAAUGGGAAAAUGUGUGGUAAUUGGUUUGCAGAGCACUGGAGAAGCCAGAACUUUGGAGCAACUAGAAAGGGAUGAUGGUGAAUUAACAGACUUUGUUUCCACGGCUAAAGGUGUAUUUCAAACACUGGUGGAAAAACACUUUCCUGCUCCCGACAGGAAUCGUAUUCAAAAGCUUUUGGGCAUCGAACCUCUUUCUGCAAAAAAAAUUUCAAUUACAAAUGGAAACGAUGAAGGUCAUAGUUCAUCCAGCAAACGUAAACCGGUUCGACAAGCAGCGGCUAGGGCAGUUAAACGUAACAAAUGGUCGACGUCAGACACGGAAGACUCAAUCAAAAGCGAUGGUUCAGAUUUUGAAAUGUCCGAAGUGGAAAGUGAAAUAUCAGAAGAACAUUCCGAUUCGAACGUUAGUAGUGAUUUUAAUCCAUUCCAAUCUGGCAGCGAUUCCGAUGACGAUCCUUGGAAUAGAAAGAAAAAAGGAAAGAAACAAAAGAAACCCCCUAAAAAGAAGAUAUCACCACAAGAUAAAUUGUCAUUAAUGUUGAGCCGUAAGACAACUAAAGUAGCUAGCAAAUCGAACGGUAGCAGUAGUUUUACCGCUCCUCCAAUGGACGCGAUUGAACGCGCCUGUUGUAUGAAAGAGGAACUUCUAACAGCUAUUGAGAGAUUAGGAGAAAAACUUCCGCCCAACACCUUAGAUCAACUAAUAGAUGAAUUAGGAGGACCGGAAAAUGUUGCCGAAAUGACAGGUCGUAAAGGAAGGGUUGUUUCAACUGAAGAUGGUGGUAUACAGUACGAGAGUAGGUCAGAAAACGACGUUCCAUUGGAAACAUUAAAUUUGACUGAAAAGCAACGGUUUAUGGAUGGCGAAAAGGAUGUUGCAAUCAUUUCAGAAGCUGCGUCAAGUGGUAUAUCACUUCAAAGCGAUAGGCGAGUGAAAAACCAGAGACGGAGGGUACAUAUAACUUUAGAAUUACCUUGGUCUGCGGAUAGAGCUAUCCAACAGUUCGGAAGGACUCAUAGGAGUAAUCAAGUGAAUGCUCCAGAAUAUAUUUUCCUAAUUUCUGAUUUGGCGGGGGAGAGAAGGUUUGCUUCGAUUGUGGCAAAAAGGUUAGAAAGUCUGGGAGCCCUAACCCACGGAGAUCGUCGCGCAACAGAAACCCGCGAUCUUAGCCAAUUUAACAUCGACAACAAAUAUGGUCGUUCCGCCUUAGAAGCAAUAAUGAAAGCUAUAAUGGGAUAUGAACAACCAGUAGUUCCACCUCCGCGGGACUACAAAGGCGAUUUCUUCAAAGAUAUUGCCGCGGCGUUGAUAGGAGUAGGAAUGAUUGUAAAUAGCGAAAAUAUGCCCGGAGUUUUAUCCUUGGAUAAGGAUUACAAUAAUAUGUCAAAGUUCCUCAAUCGCAUUUUGGGUAUGCCCGUAGACUUACAGAAUAGGUUGUUUAAAUAUUUUACCGAUACACUAGCCGCUAUUAUAACAUCCGCUAAAAGAUCUGGUAGAUUUGAUUUAGGAAUUCUGGAUCUUGGCGCUGGAGGGGAAGUAGUGAAAAGGGUGCGGACGGUAACGUUCCUACGUAAACAUGCAACAGGUACAGCUCCUACGGAACUUCAUACUGUACAUGUGGAACGGGGCAUGUCAUGGCCGGAAGCUUUAGAAAAAUUUGCUGACCUUGUAGGCGAAUAUGAAGGUUUCUGGUUAUCACAUCAAGUCCGUAACGGUAAAACAACUGCCAUACUGGCCGUUACAGUGGAUACAGGUGGCGGGGGCGGUAGUACUAAAGGAAAAAAAGAAGGUAAAAAGGAAAGCAAGAAAGAUCAGUUAUUUUCAGUUUAUCGACCUAAUACCGGUUUACAGUUCAGACAAGAAAGCUUGUCGGAAUUGGAAAAGAAAUAUAAAAAGGUGGAAUCUGCUGAAGCAGAAAAGUCCUGGUCUCAGCAAUACGACGCUUCUGUAAAUACUUGUUCUCAUGCAUAUUGGCGAGGGAAUUGUCGAAACGUUUCAAUCGGUCACGAUUGCGAAGUAGGAUUGAGAAGACGAACUUACAAUGUAGUUUCCGGUUCAGUACUAUCAGUAUGGAGUAGAGUGGAAGGGGUGCUUGCCAGUAAAACUGGAUCUCAAAAUAAGAUGCAAGUUAUUCGAUUGAGGACCAAAGAUGACGUUAAAAUUGUUGGUACGCUGGUUCCGAAAAAUUGUGUUGACGAUUUAAUAAAAGCCCUUUCGUCUGACGCAGAAAAGACAGAAGAGAAAACAUUCGAAGAUUAAAUAGACUGAACGUCAAGUGAAGUUUAAAAUCACAUUUUUAGUUUUAACAGUUGAUGUCGCAAAUUAAUUUUUUUCGGUAUAAAUAUUUGUAAAUUUAGUGAUUUGUAACAUCAAAUGUGAAGUUUUAGGAAACAGAUACAGGGCAAAAAUAGUAUUUUACGCACUCUUAAAAAACGAGUUGCAUUGUAGUCAAGUGUGAAGUUAUUUUGAAUGUCACGAAGAGACAGGAACCAACAUAUUAUUUUUUAUUUUAAACAAACGAGGAUAUUGUGUAUCAAUCUAUUUCAUUUUACCAAAAUAAAUAUCUAUUUUAAUUGAAUCUAAAUAAUAAUGUCAAUACAUAUUUUUCAACUGGUUUCACAGAAGCUCAAUAAGUUUUAAUAUACAAAAUUUAAUGUCAUUUUAUACACAAUUGUGUCGUUUAGUUUUCAUUUUUUUUAAUUAGCCCCUGUGCUGUUUAACAAACUCUUUCAAUAUUGUUUAAAUAUUUCAUGAUUUGUUAUGAAUCCAUUAUAUAGUGAAAUCUAGUUAUUUUCAAUCUCAGGGUAACCAUUUGAAAAAAUUUUCAUUUAUCCGGUUUUCCAAUUAGACAGGUUAAAAUUAUAGUUGUAUAGAAGUCGAGAUUUAUCGUUAUUUUAUUUAUAGAGGUGGAAAUGUUAAUAGACAUUCGUAUUUUUGAUGUUUUGACUAAAGUGUGGGUAUAUAUUUUCUUUUAUAAAAAUAAAUAAUAACAAUAAACUGAAGUAAUGGCUAAUUGAUGAAACCUGGCUCCUUGAUGGAAUGAAUACUAGAAUCAUCAACAUUUGACAUUUCAAAAUACUUACGUAAAGUUUCUAAAGUCUCUUCACAAUCUUCUUUUACUUCUUUUUCUAUGUCCAAAGAGAAGAUUUCAACAUUAUUGAGCUCUUCUAAAAUGAGUCCAUUGAAACGGAAUCCUGGAAAGCCUGCUUUGGUCAUUCCUACAGGUGGUAAUUAUUUUGUUUCAUUCUGCAAAGGCUGCAACUGAUAUCUACGUCUUCUUGUAGGCUCCUAGCUUCAGAUACAUUCUUAUCUUAUCAAAUAUCAUGGUCUGGAGGAUGUUUUUAUCAUUUUCUCUAUAUUUAAGAAAUAUUGUACAACUUUCUAUAGAAAACCUCAAAGUUGUUGAUACCCUUAUUCACGGCCUGCAAAUCUCCAAAUGAAUCAAAAGUUAUCCAGGCCUUUUUAUGGUUUGGAUAAUUAAUAGGAAACGUUUUGAUACCUUUGAGCAUUCAAGACAUAUGGCAGUUUUUUGAGUAUAUUUAUAUAUACGAGUACAGUGAGAGAUUUCUUGGAAAAAAAACAUAUUCAGUAGUUUUAUAACUCUAUCAUCACAUUAUUAUUUAAAGAAAUGACUAUUGAACAUUAUUUCCGGACCUUGGAUGUCUCCACCUAUUGCGUAACUUGAUUGUGUUGUUUCAAAUUAUUUGUAUAUAUUAAUUAACAUCUCGCAAUAAUUUGGUUCCCGUCAUCUUGUGGUUUUACCUUAUAUUUUGAAAGUAGUGUGUUAAAAACGCCUAUUAUUGUUUGGAAAAAAAUAUGUGAAAUAGUUAUAUUUAGGUAUGUAUUUAUAUGACAAUUAGGAUUUUAUUAUGUAUUUUUUUGUAUAAUUUUUUUUGUUAGCUACUUUGAGAGGGAAGACUUUGUCUUUUUUUAAAAGAAUUUAUUUAAAAAAAAAUCAUUGUAUAAUAUUGUGUUCACAGUAAAAAUAUC